CUGCAAAAACCAGGGUGUUAAAUAUUCAACACCAGCAUGGAAUAGAAAAAUAUCAACACCCUUGGUGUUCAUUUCAUGUCCGAUUGGCGAAAAAUAACACCAACGGUGUGAAAAUAUUCAAUUACAGGCUGAUGGUGUCAUAUUUGGUGUUAUAAAAUCGCACAUGCGCAUAAGCUAGAGAAUUCGACGAAAAUCAUUGGACGAAAGUUGUCAUAUGAUCCGAUAUGCGCCUCUGCAGCUGCGCGCGCACAGCUAGACGAGAGCAUGUGGCUAGAGAAUUUCACUGGCACUGACUUGAAGUCUUGAUUCUGGAGUAGUAAUUCUUCAAAUUAGGCCUAGAUUCUAGAUGUGAAGUGAUCGAAGUGCAUGCAACCAUGCCAUUAAGCGUCAGGGUCUGUUCAGCGGAUCGAAGUAUUAGAAAAUACCUGCCUAUAGAUCCAGAAGACACAGUAGGAUUCUUUGAACUCAUCAGAAGAAAAUUCCACAUAAGGGAUGGGGAAGAUCUCGUACUUGUGGAUGAACAAGAAGGGUUUGGUAUAGACGAUGACGUACUAGGAGAUGUGGUGACCAGCAAUCCCACAGUCAGCCUCAUGGUGCUAAAAGAAGAUGAAGAAUGGUCUGGUUCAGAUGUACAUAGCAUCACAAGUGCAGACACUAUCAAGGUGGAUACCAGCUCCUCUUCCCUGAGUAGCUCAGAAUCUGAUUCAAGUUUUUGCUCCAGUAGAAAGAGGCCACGAUUAAAUGCCCUCAGUGAAUCAGGUGCAAUCACUGACAACUCUUGUGAGUUUGUACAAGAAAUUUUGCGGCACAGAGGUGAUGCCAUUCUCCGAGAGUAUGAAUUGACUGGAGCACUUCAAGAUAAAACUAGACGGCAGAUGAUUAACCUUUUGGUAGCCCACAUGCAAGAACACUAUGGCAAACAUCCAAAAGCAGCUAUGAAAACCAAAUAUGCCAUGGGGAUAGUGAAUCUGUUUCCAAGACUCAAGGAUCCGUUUACUAGCACAGGUCAUGAAGCUUAUUUUGAUGCAAGAAGUAACACGGGAUUCCUGGCUGCUAGAAUAAAAAAUGUUAACCGCACAACAGAGGAGAAGACAUCCAACCCAUUACCCAAGCCAUCAAGCAGAGAUGGUGGUCCUGGGAAGGUCCGAGAAGGUGACCAAGAAUCUGCUCCAGGCUGCACCUAUGAUGAAGACCUCAACUGGUUACGACACUGUCCAACAUUAGAACGUGAUUCUACCCUGGUUGUUGAAAAGAUGAAAUCCACUUUUCCUGUUAGACAGCAUAUGGUCAGGGACGGACGCUCCGCAUCGGAUAUUUUGGAACAGUUUCCUUUUGAAACUGUUCCAGGUUUGAUUGAGGUAGAUUUUCGGAAACUUUUUCCUGAAAAUCACUCGCGUUUCCUGACCAAAUGGCCCGAGUUGAAGCCCAAGGUUGUUACACUUGCAAGACAACUUCUGAAGCAGAAAGGAAACUUGACAGUGAUGGAGCUUCUGUCAUCUUAUGACAGUUCUGAUCAAAAUAAAGAAGGAUGGAAUUCCAGCACAUCUGCUAUCCUCCUCCUCUUGUGCCUAUUGCCUCCUGCAAGCCAAGGGAAGUCCAAAGCUGCGUCAGCAAAAGUGUCCAUUUCUUCAGCUCUCUCGAGGGUUAUUCAAUUUCAGAAGACAGGAGGGAGUAUUCAAGCAUUCCUCGACAACACAAAAGAGACCAAGAGUCAACCGUUCCUUCUGGCAAUUGGCAAUUCCAAGGCCCGAAUCACCAACUACAUGAUCAUUGUGGAUCACAAGGCCAUUCCAUGUUCGGCACGCACGGUCGAAGCAGCAGUAGAUUUACUCUUCAAGACCCACUUUGUCUUUGGCCUGCAGUACUGCUUGUCUCUGCGGCAGUUCUGGACUUUUGUCCAGACUGCCAUUUUUGAAAUCGAUAUCGGAGUGUCCCGGGAAACACCAAGAGUACGUGAAAUUAGAUCGAAAUUGUUAGCACCAUGAUUUGCUUCAAAUGCCACAAACAGUUUGCAAUACCCAAAUUGGUUCAACAUUUGAGAUUGAAACAUGGAGUUAUUGAAGAUGGUAAAGAAGUAUUGACCUGUGGGCAGGGAGCUUGUGCGAGAACAUUUCAUACUUUUCGAGGAUUUCGGGGACAUUUGCAGACUCACCUUAAAACCGAUUUUCCAGAUAAUAAAGAGCAGUCUAAUGAAAAUGAUAAAGUGAGUGACUUUCCUGAAAAAGUCUUGAAAGUCUUCAAGAAUACAAUAUUAAUAAUGAUGAGAUUGUUGAAGAUCAGGAUGUAUAUGAAGAUGACAUUUUAUCUGUAGAUACCUUGAACAGGCAGUGUGUAAAUGUAAUUUCAAAAUUUUCAGCAAAUAGUGCAAACUCUGGAAAAGUUGUAAAUGAUGUAGUAGAAACAACCAGUGCGAUUGUAGGUGAUGUAGUAAAAAGUGCAUCGGCAGCCGUUACAGCUGCUUUCUUAAAACAUAAGCUGCCUAUAGAAUCCGAGGCUUAUAAGGAGAUUCAAACACAUUUUGCUAUGCUUGAAAAGCCCUUUGAAAAUUUGAAUUCAGAAUAUAAGCGGACAAAGUAUUGUGAAUCAAUUGGACUUGUUGAACCACAAGAAAUC